AGAGCUGGGAACUGCAGUUUGAAGCGGUAACACUUCUGUAACACAUCUCCCGCCUGCUUGCAAACCCGGAGCUGCAGGAGAAGAGACAGAGAGAAGGACAGGAGCUUUGGACACACCGAGCGGGACGCAGCAUUUCUAGUUGGAUCUGUGCAGAGCUGAAACUGCAGUUACUCGAGCGUGCUGCGUUCUCUUCUACCUUCCGUAUCAUUUCGACUACAGAAUUCUACAUCUGUUGGCGAUUAACCGCUUUGUGUCGGAUCCGAGUUACAUUAUACGGAAUUGCCUGGAAGGAAAAGAAACGGCUGCAAACCAUCUUCGAAGUGCACGCUUUUCUUACACACAUCCAGUCGAACUUUUUCCCCUCCGACUAGUUCUCGGUUUUUAGGAUCCGAACCAGGGUCGAAGGGACUCAGCUUUCUUGAAUAUUGGGGUAUUUGGAACACGAACUAUGGCGAUGCUUGCUAAGCUUUGGAUACUCGUGCUGGUUCUUCUGAACGCACCGCUGGGACACAGUCAGUCUGUAGUGAUGGAAGCUGUUAAAUCGGGCUUCGUGGGUACUACUGUGGAGCUGCGCUGCCUCUUCAAUAACAGCAAACCCCCAGUGAAGAUUUCACAAGUCACCUGGCAGAAAUUUCACAACAACACCAAGCAGAACGUGGCCAUUGCCAACCCGGUCCUCGGCGUCUCUGUGCUUCCCGCCUUCAAGGACCGUGUGAGCUUUAAGCAAUCGGCGGUGCGCCUGCAGACCCCCUCGCUGGAGGAUACUACAAUCAUCAUUAGCAAUUUACGCCUCUCUGAUGAGGCUGCUUACAUCUGCGAGUACACCACGUUUCCUGCGGGAAACAGAGAGAACAUGGUCAACCUCACCGUAUAUGCACGCCCCAUAACCCACAUGACCCUGACAACACCCACCAUCAUUGCGCAGGGUCAGAAGCACAAGAUGAAGGUGGCUACAUGCCUUUCGGCAAAUGGCAAGCCACCCAGUGAUAUCAAGUGGGAGACCAAGCUGAAGGGCGAAGCCGUGAUCCAGGAGACACACAACCCCAACGGCACUAUCACCUUGCGCAGCGACUACAUGCUCAUUCCGAGCCGUGAGAGCGAUCGCCAGAAGCUCACCUGUAUCAUCACCUACCGCACCGAGCGAAUUACCGACAGCGUCAUCCUUAACGUUCAGUAUGAGCCUGAAGUCAAAAUCGAAGGUUUUGAUGGGAACUGGUACCUAAACAGACAAAACGUGAAACUCACCUGCAAUGCAGAUGCCAAUCCGCCUGUCACCGGCUACCAGUGGAAAAUGUUGAAUGGAACUCUGCCUAAAAAUGUGGAGGUCAAAAACAACACACUGCUCUUCAGGGCGCCUGUGACAUACGAUCUGGGUGGCACUUACGUGUGCGACGCUACCAACGGCAUUGGCACUCGUUCUGGCCUGGUGGAGGUCAACGUGACAGAAUUCCCUCACCAAUCGCCUACCGGUAGCCCAUGGGGACGAGCGAAUCAUCACACUUCCAACGCCGCCAUUUGGGGUGGCGUGGGCGGCCUGGCUGCCCUGGCCGUCGCCGUCGGGUUGCUCAUCUUCUUCCUCCGUCGCCGUCAGCGCACCUUCAAGGGAGACUACAGCACCAAGAAGCACGUUUUCGGCAAUGGCUACAGCAAGGCCGGCUCCGUGCCCCCGCACCCACCAGUCCCCAAGAACCUGCAAUACCCAGACGACUCGGACGACGAGAAGAAGCCCGCACAGAUCGGUGGGCCCGGAGCAUUCGAGGGCACGGAGCGCGAUUUUGACGGCAACUCCGAAGAUCUCAAGAGGCCGUAUUUCACCGUAGACGAGAGCGAGAGCCACGAUUAUGAUGAGCGGACUCUCGCUUUCCAGUACGACCCGGAGCCUGAAAUCGCCGAUGACAUGGUGUCCCAAACUGACGGCUCCGUCAUUUCAAAGAAAGAGUGGUAUGUGUAGUGUGGAAACCACAACGAAUAGAAAUCAGAAAUCAGAGAAAAUGAACAUUCGUCUGGUCAUUCCUGCAUCCAAUCACAUUCCUUUAUCUCACAAUAAAAGCCCUUCCUCCAUCCACUCGUUCAUCCAUCCUGGUCUUCACCCCAUCCCUCACUCCUCCCACUCAAACAAACUCUGUCCUCAUUCAAUCAAACAUUAAAAAAACAGCUUAUAAAGUUGACGUGUAUUGAUCACAACAUGCCCACAGACAUUAACCUGCUAUUAUACAGAAUUGUGAUCAUUGACUAAUGCCAAAAGCCAUUGAUUAUGAAAUCUUGCAGGCCAGUUGCUUGAAACUUUUGUGGUGCAUUAUCAUUCUUUGAUGUCUAUUUUGGUUCACUUUAUUAUAAAUGUAUUAAAUGUUUAAUAUGAGAGCGAGAACGAGAGUUUGGGGUAAUAACCAUAGGGUAUUCUAAUCAAUCAUGUGAAAGUCUUACACUGGAUGUAUGAUACUUUUUUAUUGUUUUAAUCACAUGGCCAUAAUCUUUACUUUUGUUACUAUGUUUUUGUACAAUUUUCUUUCUUAAUGGGGUGUUGGUUAUUCAAAACUGUGGAUAUGUAUAAAUAGAUAGUUAUGUAAGAAGCUUUGGAGUGAAUUUAAAUGCCUUAGGUCUUAAGAAAAAGCACACAUUUUCCUAAAUGUCCAAAA